UCUCAAUUUACCUAAUUCUCAGUUUAGUUACACCGGCCUGUGGGUUUGAUAAUCGUUUUAAAAGGUUAUAUUAUCAUUCGCUCAUCUAGAAACAUGGCGAGAACCGCAGAGAAGGCAAUGACUGCUUUGAGCAGAUGGAGGGAUAUGAAAAUGCGAGAGGGCAAAAUUUUGGAUAAAAGACCAUUUUUAGCAAGUGAGUGUUCAAGUGUUCCAGAUGCAGAGAAGUGGAGAAAACAGAUAAUAAGAGAAAUUGCCAGAAAAGUUUCUCAAAUUCAAAAUCCUGGUCUUGGUGAAUUUCGAACAAGGGAUCUCAACGAUGAAAUAAACAAACUUUUACGAGAAAAAAGACAUUGGGAGAUAAGGAUAAAAGAGCUAGGUGGACCAGACCAUUUUGCCUCAUCAAAUAUUUCCAUAAGAAUCCUGAACAGGGAAGGUAAAGAAAUACCAGCUAAUCCAGGUUACAAAUAUUUUGGAGCUGCCAAAGACCUCCCAGGUGUCAGAGAAUUACUCAGUGAACAAAUCGUUCAACCGUCAAAUAGAAAAUCGAAGGGCGAAAUUUUGCGUAACAUAGACUGCCACUACUACGGUUAUUUGGACGAAGAUGACGGGCUUUUAUUGCCUCAAGAAAAGAUUGCUCAACAAAUUGCCAGGAAAGCCUUAGUACAAAAAUGGGAAGAGGAUAGAAAAACGCUGAAAAAUCAGCAGCAAGAAAGCACGCCAUCCAGUCAUACAUUGGAAAAUUUUACCGAAAAUGAAGAAAUCGAUGAAUACGAAGAUUACAUUUGCGAUACUCAGAUAUACGUUCCUACCCAAAAAGAUAUGGAGUUGGCCCUGUUGAAUAAAAGAAAACUAGAGCUUAUGAGUAAAUAUUCCCUGCAAACCAGGGGAGACAUGGAUGACGAGUGAUCAUUACUAAAUUCGACAAAAUUUAAUAUAUACUAUUAAUAUGAUUUAUUUUUUUGAUAAUUGUAUAUAAUAAUAAUUUGAUAAUAACUGAUGAAGAAAAAAGUUUCGAUUUGGCAAGUCAUUUAAUCUCAGGGAAAUUUUUUAUUUAUUAUUUUUUGAUAAAUUUUAUUUU